AUGGCACCCACUCUCCCACUCUUCCGCAGGCGCGUUAGGAAAUCCGACAACAUGUCGAAAGAAUCACUGUUUGCAACCAUCCGGGAUGAUCUCCUGGCAGCCUUGCUUGAGUACAUCGGAACGACUGUCUUUCUCCUCCUCGCGUUUGGUGGGAUCCAGGCGGCGCAGGGGGAGACCUUCUCGAGCCAAAACCCGUCCAACAUUGACCAUGUCAUGUAUAUCGCGUUGUCCAUGGGCUUCAGUUUACUAGUCUCUGCAUGGCUCUUCUUCCGAGUCACUGGCGGCCUCUUCAACCCGAACGUUAGCUUGGCCUUGCUUUUGACGGGUAUCAUUGGACCCGUACGCUUCGUGCUGUACUGUAUCGCGCAACUUAUCGGCGGCAUCACCGCUGCUGCGCUCGUUCUCGCUCUCACACCAGGACCUCUCGCCUCGAAGUUCGUCAUGAUCUCUCCACGCCGUGUGCUGCCAGUCUCAUAA